AUGAACGUCAAGAGGAAGGCCAACUCCAACCCAAAGUCCCAACGCUCCUCUCUCGCGUCGGCCUGCAGCAAGAUCAACAAGAUGCGGUUCUUUCUUCAAACCCUUGCAGCGGUAGCUGCUGCAGCCACCACUGUGCUUGCUGUUCCCAUGGAAACAAGGGAGGUGCAGUUUCCGGACCCUAACGACGACCCUUUCUACAGGACGCCCGACAACAUUGGCACGUAUACCAACGGCCAGAUCAUCCAGUCGCGUGCGGUAAAGACCGACAUUGGCUUUUUGAACGGUGCCGCUUCUUACCAAUUGCUGUAUCGCACCACCAACACCAGCAUGGAGCCCGAAGCGACCGUAGCCACCGUGUGGAUCCCUGCUAAGCCUGCUUCGCCUCCCAAGAUCUUUUCGUUCCAAGUGCACGAAGACUCGACGCAGCUUGACUGCGCACCUUCCUACAACUUCCUAUCCGGAUAUGGUGGACCCAACGAGAUCCCCACGAGUACUGACACUCCCUACUACAUAACGUGGGCGCUCCUGCAGGGCUACUAUGUGGUCUCCCCUGAUCAUGAGGGACCUAAUUCCGCUUUCGUCGGCGGCUACCAGGAGGGACGAGCAACGCUUGAUGGUGUGCGCGCGCUCCGUAACUUCGAGAACCUGCCUUCGGACAGCGCGGUGGGUCUUUACGGGUACAGCGGUGGUGCACAUGCUUCGGCUUGGGCAGCCAGCCUGGCGGAAUCGUAUGCCCCGGACAUCAAUGUGGUCGCCGCUGCCUAUGGUGGUUUGCCCGCCAGCCUUCGAGACCUUAUCACCCCCCUCCGCACGGGGCCGUUUUCUGGGCUGGUCAUUGCUGGUCUCUCGGGGGUUGCGCUUGCGUACCCCGAGGUGGAUGCCUUCCUUCAAUCCCAGUUCAACGACAAGGGACGCGAAGUGUUCAAGCAGGUUCGAAGCCGCGGCGCUUGCCUGGCCCAGGUGGCCGUAAGGUACGCUUUCACCGAUUUCUACACGUUUUUCAGCCACAGCUCAUUCGAAUUCUUCAAGGAGCCGCUCACCAACAAGGUACUGGCUACCGAGUCGUUGCUGCAGUCACAGGCGAAUCAUGUGGUGCCCGUGCCCAAAUUCCCGCGAUACAUCUGGCACGCGCACGAGGAUGAGAUCGUUAAGUUCUCAGUGGCGGAGCAGUACGUCAAGGAACAGUGUGCCAAAGGAGCAAACAUCAACUGGAAUGUGUACCCGCUCUUCGGACACAUCACCGUGCAAACCCUCGGUCCAAUUCCUGCUCUCUACUGGAUGGGUCAGGCGAUGAAUGGGCAGGCGCCCCAGGUCGAGUGCGGAAAGUCGUUUACUCCCAUUGCGGGUGUGAAUUCGCCCACGGCAGAGCAAGUGCUUGGACCAGACCUGGCCCGCAAGUUCGCCAGGCUCAAUGGCACCGAGGCUCCAUUUGGAUUGCGUUUUGGCCCCAUGACGCUGCCAGCUGCCUAA